AGAAAGAAAGCCGUCCAAUCAGAAUCUAGACCAGCCUUCUUCAUAGCCAAUGAGGCGGCUCUCUGCUCUUCCCGAAAAGAUGUCGCCCCUGAGAUUGUGUGUCCCAGGUGAGAAACUGUGCAGCGUAGAAGACUGUAAUCAAGGCACUGGAGUGUAUCAGCGGCAUGGCUACAUCUACUCCUCCCUCGCUGGCUACGUAAUGAGGAAGAACGAGGGAGAGGAGCUACCGGUGAUCUCAGUGGUGAGGGAAACUGAAGCCCUGCUGCUGCCCGAUGUUGGAGCCAUCGUCACCUGCAAGGUGACUGGCAUCAACUCCAGGUUUGCCAAGGUCCAUAUCCUCUACGUGGGGUCCACACCACUGAAAGACCGCUUCAGAGGGACCAUCAGAAAGGAAGACGUGAGAGAGUCGGAGAAAGACAAGGUGGACAUAUACAAAAGCUUCAGACCUGGUGACAUCGUCCUAGCAAAAGUUAUUUCGCUCGGGGACGUUCAGUCUACCUACCUGUUGACAACAGCUGAGAACGAACUGGGCGUGGUGGUGGCUCACAGCGAAGCAGGUGCCCAGAUGAUUCCCAUCAGCUGGCGUGAGAUGCAGUGCCCGCAGACCAACGCCAAGGAGUUUCGUAAAGUGGCCCGAGUUCAGCCCGAGUAUCUGGAGGCCUGAGAGACCCUGAAAGUCUGUUACAUCACCAACAAACGACUCCUUUUGUCAAGUGGACUCCCAACUCUUUUUCUCUGGGUGACAUGUGGUUCCUUGGCUACUUCUCAUAUCGGCUCAUUAAGUGUCUUGUUAACGGCUUUACUUCUGCACGUUUUUCAUUGUGCUGGAUUGAACCCAGAGAGCUCCAACUAAUGAAAUUGGUUUUUAUUCCAAAUAAAUUGAGUUUAUCUUUAUCAAAGGUCCACGGGCCAGCAAGAGGCAUGUUCAAAAUCAUCCUGAAUUACUUUAUAGAAUUGCAUCAGGUCAGGAUUUUACAGUUGAGGUUGCUAAGAUUUUACAGAAUCCAAAAAAAAGUAUCAUUUUUGCACCAAGAGAGGAGAAGUUUCUGUUCCAAAUGCAGGAUUCAGGGUUGUAUCGAUAAGUAUUAUGGCAGCAUCAGCCAGAACUGUCUUUGCCACUGUUUUGCUGGGAGAUAAAACUGUGUUAUUGAUAAAAUUCAAAUUUCAGAGCCACUUCUGCAGAGGCCAGGUCUAGAUUCUUAUAAUUAAAUGAAUUAUCAGCCCCCUCUAUUUUAACUUGGGGUGGAUCUAUAUUUUGGAUUUCUGGCCCUUGUGAGUUUGGCACAUUUUAGUUGAACUGUCAUAGAAAAAAAUGUAUAAUAAUCUAAGGCUAGUCAUUGCUGAAAAUCUGGCAAUGUUCAGCAUUGCCAGAUGCCAGAUCAUUGCUAGAUGCCAGACUGCCAGACAAACUAGCCAGUUUGCUGCCAGUUUGUCUGGCAUUCUAGCCUGUUUCUGUCUGGCAGUUUUCCUAGUUUUUACUAGGAAAAUUCCAAACCAACAACGUACCAGGGCUUUCUAAAGUAAUCACACCGCUUUGAACAGUUUAAAAUUUUCACUUAACAAUCACAAUAUGUAAAGUAUUUAAUUAGGAAUUUAUGUGCUAGACCGAAACAAAGCAGUGUAUUAAAGUGAAAUGGAAAGAAAACGAUACAUGGGUUUCCAAAAAUGCUUACAAAUGAAACAUCUGAAAUGUGUGGUGCACAUUUGGAUUCAGCUCCCUUUACUUUGAUACGACCUCCACCUAAAAAUGCAGAGCAACAAGUUGCCUUCAAAAUGGAGGUCAUCUGUGUGUGAUUUAAUGUCAGUGUGAAUCCAGAUGUCCUGUGAAGGCUUCAGACGUUCAUUAGUCAACAAACGCAUCAUGCAGACCAAGAAACACAGCAGACAGAUGAGGAAUAAUGUUGUGGAGAAGUUUAUAGAAAAGAGUUGGUGGUGGCGGCAGCAUCAUGCUAUGGCGAUGCUUUUCUUCAGCUGAGACAAAUAAGCUGGCGGGAGGAGAUGAAUGGAGAUAAAUGGAGGGCAGUCCAGGUAGAAAAUAUGUUGCAAUGGCCCAGUUUAAGUUGAAACCAAAAUGGAUUUAGAAAGGUUUAAAAUUGAUGUUCAGAGACUUUCAAUCAAAUCUGACUGAGAUUUAGCUCUUUUUAUUUUAAUUUUUUUUUUGCAAAGAAGGGCAAAAGGCUUUCCUCCAUGAUUGCAGAAAAACAUGGUUUUAAAAAGUAUUACCGUAAGGGAAGGGAGAUUCAAAAACGCGCCGCACCUUUCAGAUGUUUUUGAAAACAUUUUGAAACCCAUGCAUCAUUUUUAUUUCACUUAAAGAAUAAGCACUACUUUGUUGGUUUAUCAUAUUAAAUGCCAAUAAAAUCCACUAAAGCUUGUGGUUGCAAUGCGAGAAGAUGUGAAAGUUCACUGUACCUGAAACCAUUUUUACAUAAUUUUCUUUAAAUCAGCGGUCUCAAGCCGCAUUCCUCGAGGGCCGGUGUCCUGCAACUUUUAAACAUGUCCAUUGUCCUCCACGCUUGAACUAAAUGGCUCAAUCGCCUCGCUCACAUGCAGUGAAGCUCUACAGAUUAGCUGAUGAUCUGUAGAGCUCAUCUACAGAUCAGCUCUGCAGAGCUGAAUAUUGGAGUCAGGUGUGCUGAAGCAGAGAGCCCUCUACAAGUUGCAGGACAACCGGCCAUUGAGGACCGGAGUUUGAGACCGCUGCUUCAUAGGGGAAGUUCAGGUUUUAUUUGGGGUCAAAUGGAGUAAGAACGGUACCAUUAACAAUGAAAUUUCUGCCAUCUGAAAUAAGUCAGGCUUAAAAUGUGAGUGAUAUGUUCUGAAUUUCUACGCUGCAUCAUUUGGUUUGUCGUAACAUUGUAACACAGAACGUGUUGACAUGGACCGUGGUCUGUGUUCCAACCAUACGCUAAUGGUUUCAACAUGGACAGUGAUAAAAAAACAAAGACAGUAAAUUUAAAGGGCGCCUCUGUAACCUCAGUGAGGUUCUGCCGAGCGCCUUCUCUUUUACACAUGCUCUCAUUUUAUACUGCUUUUAUAUGCGUAUAUAUGAGAUGUAAAUAAGCAUAUCAAAUGGGAAUCAGGUGGACAGUCCUGCUCAAGGACACUUCAGCACUCUGUUCCCCCCACCUUCUAAUUGGAAGAAGAUUACCCCGCCGUGGGUAAAUGGAUGCGAUGUGUUCGUUUAAAGCAGCAACACGCUCACUUGAAGCUUUCUGCUUGAGUAGACUUAGAGGAUGGAAAGUUUUUCCUGAAUGGGCCUUUUCUGAAUAUUUAGGCAUGUCUUUUCUGCUGCCUAUUGUUCAAAUACUCCAUUAAACCCCAUCAAAAAAUAUUGAAACACCUCAUUAACUUUUAAUUUACAAAAUUAAAUGGAAACAAAUUAGCCUUAAAACCUUGAAGUGGUUGGAACUUGGAUAUUUAUAACACAGGUAGGCUUUUUGUAUAAAGACAUGAAUUAGCAGUAAGCAUCUUUCCUGCAGAUUGUUGUUCUGUGGCUGGUCUGUCAAUAAGAAUUUACAGAAAGAUGAUCCAUGUUGUAUGGCCUGUAUUUUUUGUAUCCUUGCAAGACUUUUUGUAUUUUUAAAGUGCAACUGGAAAGCCCAAAGCAAACUUUAACAAGGCUGCUAUGCUUGGAACACAAUGUACGAUUCCAGCUGAAUGUCUGUGAGCCAUCAGUAACAAACCUGAUUUUCUGUUUUCCUUAAAGUGAACUUUUUCUUUUAUACUGUCCCUGAUUGCUAAUGUGCAGGAACAAAAUUAAAUGACCAUCAGAGCA